GCUUUCCAAAUAUUGGGUGGAGAAUCACAGAUUGUUCAGAUAAUGUUGAAAUCAGAAGAGAAGGUUACUGCAAAGCCUGGUACAAUGUGCUACAUGUCUGGUUCCAUUCAAAUGGAAAACAUUUAUGUCCCUGAAAAUGAAGGGGGCUUGUGGCAAUGGAUUUUUGGGAAGAGUUUGACCAGUAUAGUGCUCUUUAACUCUGGUCCUGAUGAUGGAUUUGUAGGCAUUGCGGCACCAUCCCCUGGUCGGAUACUUCCGAUUGACUUGGCAAAAUUUGGCGGAGAAAUAAUUUGCCAGCCAGAUGCGUUUCUUUGUUCUGUUAAUGAUGUCACUGUCACCAGCAUCUCGGAACAGAGGCCGCGCAAUGUUGUGUUUGGUACAGAGAUACUUUUGAAACAAAAGCUGUCAGGCCAAGGUCUGGCAUUUCUGGUAGCUGGUGGAUCUGUUGUACAGAAAAUUCUUGAUGUUGAUGAAGUACUAGUAGUUGAUGCUGCCUGCAUAGUUGCCAUGACAACCACCAUCAGCUUCCAACUAAAGCACUCCAAUCCAACAAGAAGAAUUAUAUUCGGAGGUGAGAGCCAGAACCAAUUGACAGCUGUGCUAACGGGCCCAGGCAUCGUCUUUGUUCAGAGUUUACCCUUCCCCCGACUUUCUCAGCGUAUAGCAAGAUCUGUCACCAGCCCGAACUUGAGGGAAAACCCGAAGUUCUUUGCUCAGAUUGUGACCUUCCUCUUUCUUGCAUAUGUUAUAAUUGUAGCUUCUCUAGUUUUAACGGAUGUUUAGCUUGUUUUACUCUUCCCCCCCCAAAUUUUCUCUGGUUAUAUAGUCAUAUUGAUAACCGAUUUUUCUUUGGGUCGUUAAAACAGUUAUGAUAGAGUGAUUUGUUCUGGAGGCUUUGAGCUCAAAAGUGUAAUACCGUAUAGAGUGGCUGCCAAUGAUUUACAACAGAGGGGGAGUUUGUGAUAGAUCAUAUUUGUUUGCUUAAAAAUCACAUUUAUUUCCAUUGAAAGUAGACAUUUAAAUUUUUAGUUUU